CACAAAGAGGAGGAGAAAGAAGCCUCUCCUUUUCCAGCAGAGCCUUUCCCCAUCUCUCCCCACAACCGCCGCCGCCCAUCGCGCACAGAAACCACGCUCCAAGACACCAAAACCCACCGAUCCCCCAUGGAGAACGGCGACGAAACCCUCGUCUCCCCCACCGCUGAGGCCGAGAAGGCUGCGCCCAACGGAGGCGUCGCGGGCGAGGAGGUCACCCUCGCCGACGCCGUCCACCCCGCCAAGUCCUACGCCGCCGUCGCCGCCAACGCCGAGAUCGAGGACCUCCGCGCCACCAAGCUCGACCUCGAGGAGCAGCUCGCCAACGCCAGCCAGGAGAACAAGACCCUCGCCGCGGAGGCCCACCGCCUCGAAGGCCUCUUCUCCCAGGCUCGGGACGACGUCGCCACCGCCGAGCAUGCCGCCGCCACCACCGAAGAAGAGGUGGCCUCGCUCCGCGCCGAGGUCGAGCGCCUCCAGGCCCUCCUCGACCGCAAGAAGGCCGACCGUGAGGCGGACGAGCGCCAACGCCAGGAGCUCACGGCCGAGGUGGAGACCGUUCGUCAGGCGAAGCUCAAUCUCGAGAAGGAGGUCGACGCCCUGAAGGCUUCCGCCGCUGCUACCACCGUGGAGGACAGGGAGGCUGCUCCGGACGCUGGGGCCCCGAAGGAAGAGGGAGUCGCCUGGCAGGGGAUGGCAGCGGGGGCGGCCGCUGGUGCUGCCAUCACAGCUGCCGUCGUUCUGAUCUACCUCCGCCUCAAGAGGUAAUCUGAUGCUCUGGUGCGCAGGAAGUUUUGCUCUGCUGCUACAGCUUAUGGAAGAUUUGAUGAGUUUGUCGUGGUGAUGCUGUUACUACCGAACCGAGAGUAAUAUGUCUUCUAUCAGUUAGUUGCUUAAUAGACUACAAAAACUUAGGUAAUCUGGAGAAUGGUUAUGUUUCAUCCGUGUUUUCCUUAAUCAUCUACGGGCUUUUGGUGGUGACGGUGAAUGUGUAGACACUUUGUCAACCGAGCAAGGCUGUAUGCUUGGUUAUACUAUUAUCGUUAUGGUUGCUGGCUUACUGCUGCGGUUCUGCACUUUA